AUGCCUCCAUCCCGCUCAAGCAUGACGAGCGAUGGCCACGAACGCCUGGAACCACGGCUCCUCCGCGCCACCGAAAACGAUGAUAUCCCAGCAUUACAGAGCCGCUCAUGCGCAGCGCCGAAACGAAAUCGCAUCAACGCAACGGAAUACCUCCUCGGCCUUGGCGCAAAAACAGAUGUCGCAAGCAAUCGCCCUUCACCGCUCCUCCGCGCUGUCGAGCGCAACCAUUACCAGAUCGUCCGCUUACUGCUGGACGCUGGUGCGUCUCCGGAUAGCUGUGAUAAAGAAGGUCGGACGGCGCUCAUGACGGCUGCCUGGAAGAAUCAUGCAGAUGUACUUCAGUUGCUGAUUCUGCGUGGCGCGGAUGUCAAUGGGCGGGAUUUGCGCCGUAGAACGGCAUUGCAUAAUCUGGCUGCGGAUAAGGAAUGUCGUUGGGGUUGGGAUGAGGGUAUUGUGCGAUUAUUGCUGCGCGCAGAUUGCAGAGUAAAUGUCCUCGAAGCUCAGGAUGAACUCGGUCGAACAGCGCUGCAUUGGGCUUGUGCGACGGGAAAUUCGCGAUUAGCGGAGCUACUGCUCACACCCGUGGAUGGCAGGCCUAAGGCGGAGAUUGAUGCAGUGGAGCUGAGAGGGAAGACUGCGUUGCAUGUUGCUACGGCGCAUGAUCGCGCGGAUAUCAUCCAGCUGUUACUUCAGCACGAGGCCGCUGUUAAUGCCUGUAGUGACGGUGGAUGGACGCCAUUGCACAAUGCGUGUGAUAAGGGGUGCGAGGCGAUUGUGCGAAUCCUCUUGCGCGCGGACGCGCAUAUCAAUAGCCAAUUGCUGAAUGGAGUGACGCCGCUGCACCUGGCUGCGCAGGGUGGUCAUCGGGAGGUGGUGGAAUGUCUGCUUGAGAGGGCGGACCUGAAGCGACGGGUGCGAGAUAAUUUUGGAAGCACGCCGUUCUUGCGAGCGGCCCAAUUCAAAAGGAGAGAUAUUGUGCUUUUGUUAGCGCCGUUUAAUAACGUGGAGUCGCUCUCAGAGGAUGUCAGACUCGCAUCUGCGGCUUUUGACAGUACAAUUGUGGACUUUGGAAAUUUCCAUAAUGAGAACCGCGUGAAGCGCAUGUCAGUUUAUAAUCUGCUUUAUGGUAGGGAUCCGGAGAAUCCUCGCAAGCAGGCUGUUACGACAGUUCCCGCUGACAGUCGAGGGACGGAUUUCCGCUGGAUUCAUUUGCCGGCGAAUAACAUGGCUUGGGUGGAGGCGCUGUUGACCAAGUCAUUCAUUGAAGAGGGAGCUCAUGAUGUGGAUGGGUUUAAGGGGUUGGAGAAAUCCUUCAACUAUCAGCACCGUGGCCAGAAGAUUCACUCGCAUUUCAUGCGUCCUUUAUGCCAGAAUACACCUCGAACAAUGAGAAGGCGAGAAGAAGAGAAGACAGAAGAUCCGCCUACGGAUGGCCAGUCCGUUAUUACAGACAACAGCUCUGUAUAUCGCAAACAGAAAGGAGCUGGCGCCAAAGGAGAUCGAGGGGAUUCGCUUGAUGAAUCCUAUGUAAGCAUGGCCGGGAAGAAAAACAAAAUCAACCAGAAGCGUGGCAAAUCGGGGAGUAAUCCUGGGACUCCCAAAACAGAAUCCAAAUCGAAAGCACCAUGGGGCUCCAUGGAUAAGGGGCGACCAUCCCUAACGUCCAUGUCUGGAAGUCUAUGCAAAGAUUCUCAUUCUUUAAGCUCUGCUUCCAAUGUCUGUGUCUUCAUGCCUUACCUUCACUUUGAGACGACAGAGCGCAGACAGAAAAUGCAGGAUGCGAUUCAGCGUGCCGAAAGAUGGCGGAUUGACCCCCAGGCCGUGAAGCGUAUCCGAACUCGGGAUGAGAUGCUGAUCGAGGCGCAUAUCUCAUCAUCAACGACGUCGCUUCAUGUUCGCCGAACUUUGGACCAGUUCUUCUACCCCAACAUUGAUACUCAGAGCCGUGAUCAAGACCAGGUCGUCUACCGAUAUCAAACGAAAGGACCCGGGCGCGAAGGGCUAGUCACUGAUCCGAAGAUCUUCAUGGUUGACCAAUUGUGGGUGUGGAUCUUGGGCACAAACCUGAUUGUCACUAGCUUUCCCCAGCGAUGGGACCAGCCAAAAAAUGAUCCGCUCAACGUCCUAGAUGGGAUUAUCGAGGACAUUAAUUCCAAGACUCGCGAUCCUGUGAAGUCAGUGUAUGAUCUAGCAAUUAUAAUUACUAAUCGAUGCUCGGGCGUUUUCGAUCGACAUCGACUAGGCGAUGACCAGUAUCAAUUCUUGGAUAUGUUUGAGUCGUCUAUUGGAAUAGCUACUGAUCGGGAGACGCUUCUUUUCCAGCGCUUUAAUCAUGCUUCUGCACAGGCGUCAAGCUGGUUGAAGAGUCAUCGCAAGUUGAGCAAAUUCGCUCGUAGCAGGAGUCUUUCAGUAUCAGGACGUGAUGGUGUGCCAGAGGAAGAUUCUGAAUACGACGAUGACUUUUGCCAUGCCGAUGGCUCACCACUUUUCGUCGAUGACCUGCUGGAUAUUGGCGAGGAGACGGAUCUCCUAGCCGAGACAAAAGACAUCCGCGAUGAACUGAACAUGAUUCGAACUGUUCUGGAGCAUCAAAAACACGUCCUCAUUGACUUUCAGGAAGUCAUUUGGGAGAUUUAUCAGGGUCAACACCGUUCCCAGUAUGAGGUCAAAAAGCGCUUCAAGGAUCAACAGCGCAUGAUUGAUAUGCACCUCAAGGAUCUUGACCGCAUGGACAAACAAGCUGAACGAAUCUACCACUCCAUCACUGACCUCCUGGAUCUCAAACAAAAACAUGCCAACGCCUUUGAAGCUCGCUUCGCCCGCGAUCAAGCAGCUGGGACAUCUCGUCAAAGCAAGACCAUCAUGGUGUUCACUAUCGUUACCAUCAUCUUCUUGCCGUUAUCUUUCAUCUCAUCUAUUUUCACGAUCAACAUGGAAGAGUUCGGACACUUGACGCUUGCAUACGUUGCAAAGUAUACAUUUGGUGUUGGGUUUGCGAUUUCAAUUCCCCUCAUUCUAAUUGCCCUUUCGGUGGAUGAUAUCGGUGAUUUCUUCCGCUAUGGAAAGCGCCUCAUCUCCCGCCGAGACCGAGAGCCAGAUCCAUUUGAACGCACUGAUGUUAACCUGCAAACAUUGGAAAUUGAGAAGAUCCUCAGUCUGGCAAGGUCACGCAGAAGUGCUGAUCUGGAUUAUGGACCUAGUCUGUUGCCUGUUUCUACCCGGGGUACUACUGUCUCCAAAAGACCAGAAGGCCUUCAUGUUAAUGGAUUGACGAAUGGCAUUUCAAGAAAGAGUUAUGACCUACGACGCAGCGUGGAUUAUAGAUCCACUUCAUGA